AUGAACUUGAUCGACAUCCUUUGGAGGCAAGAUAUAGACCUCGGGGCAAGACGUGAAGUUUUUGAUUUUAGUCAACGACAGAAGGAGUAUGAACUCGAGAAACAGAAGAAACUUGAAAAGGAAAGACAAGAGCAGCUCCAAAAAGAGCAGGAGAAAGCCUUGCUGGCUCAGCUGGAGUUAGACGAAGAGACAGGUGAAUUUGUUCCUGUGCAGCCAGCUCAGAGCAGUCAGUCAGAAAAUACUGAGCCACCAGUUGUUUUUUCACAGACCACAGAGCCUUCAAAACCAGAAGCAGAGGCCUUGUCGUUUGAGGACUGCAUGCAGCUCUUGGCAGAAGCAUUCCCAUUUGUAGAUGAGAAUGAGGUUUCUUCAGAUGCAUUUCAGUCACUGGUUCCUGCUCAGAUCAAUAGCAACUCAGCCUUCGUUUCCUCUGAUCAAAGUCAGCCACCUGAUCUAGUUCCACCUACUGAGACAGAGAAUAUGCAGAACAUAGAGCAAGUUUGGGAAGAAUUAUUGUCCCUUCCAGAGUUACAGUGUCUUAACAUCGAAAAUGAUAACCUGGCUGAGGUAAGCACAAUCACAAGCCCUGAAGCCAAACCAACAGAGAUGCACAACAGAUAUAAUUACUGCAGCUCAUUACCAACAAUGAAAAAAGAUGUUAACUGCAGUCCAGAUUUCCUGGGUAGUAUUGAGGGCCCCUUCUCAGGCAUUUUGCCAUCAGAAGACACCAGCCAUCUGAGUGUGAACUCUUUAAAUGACACAUCCCCUUCAAACUCUGAUUUCUGUGAGGAGUUCUAUACCACCUUUAUUGAUACAAAGGCGAACGGUGACGCAGCAACGACAAACACUAUCACUCAAUCCCUCACAGAGAUUCUAAGUGAACCUAUUGAUCUUUCUGACUUCUCACUGUGUAAAGCUUUUAAUGGCAAUCACUCAGGGACUGUACCAGAAUGUAAUGAUUCUGACUCUGGUAUUUCAUUGAACGCAAGUUCUAGCGUAGCAUCACCUGAACACUCUGUGGAAUCAUGUGCCUAUGGAGAUAAGACUUUGGGUUGUAGUGAUUCUGAAAUGGAAGACGUGGAUAGCGCUCCUGGAAGUGUGUCACAGAGCAAUGCUAGUGUGUACUCUUUGCAAUUCCAGGAUCCAGUGCUUUCUUCCAUGGGGCCAAACACUCAAACACCAAGUUUACCGUGUACAAACACAGUAAAGAAGGAACCCCCUGCUGCUCCUGGCCAUCCCAAACCUCCCUUCACUAAAGAUAAGUCUUCAAGCCGCCUUGAAGCUCAUCUCACAAGAGAUGAGCAAAGAGCGAAAGCUCUGCAGAUCCCUUUUCCUGUUGAAACAAUCAUCAAUCUCCCUGUUGACGACUUCAAUGAAAUGAUGUCUAAGGAGCAGUUCAAUGAAGCGCAGCUCACGCUGAUUCGCGACAUACGCAGGAGAGGCAAGAACAAAGUGGCAGCUCAAAACUGCCGUAAAAGGAAACUGGAAAACAUAGUGGAACUGAAGCAAGACUUGAGUGACCUCAAAGAUGAGAAAGAGAAAUUGCUUAAGGAAAAAGGAGAGCAUGACAGAAGCCUUCGUCAAAUGAAAAAGCAACUAACCACCUUAUACCUCGAGGUCUUCAGCAUGCUACGGGAUGAGGAUGGGAAGCCUUACUCUCCUAGCGAUUAUUCACUGCAGCAAACUACAGAUGGCAAUGUCUUUCUUGUUCCUAAGAGCAAGAAGUCAGAGACUAAACUUUGA